ACAACAAACAACAUGGACGCUUCAAAAUAGAUCGUAUUUUCUUUCAAGUUUGAAAAUCGGUUCAUAAUUUAUAUUCUACUUGUCCGACAGCGUCUGUACUAUGCAAGAGCCCUCUGGCCUGCCUAGUGGCUUGGAAAGGCCGAGUAACGAUGGCGAUCGUGCAGAUAAUCCGGUAAAUGCAUCGUCUAGUGACGAUAGUAUUAGCACUCAUGUUGGCAGCUCAGCAGGACCUAGCGAUGAUGUUUCAAGUAAAACCGACUUAACAAAUGAUGUUUCUGGCCCACCAAAGCCCGCAAAACCAAAACGACGACCCGGAAAAGCCCCAGAAUUUCCAAUUUACGAAAGGCGAAACUGGCUGAUUCACCUCCACUAUGUCAGAAAAGACAUUGAAAAUUGUAAAGCGCUUAUUGAUGAACAGCUCAAUGAAAGCCAAGGAAUAUGCGAAUAUGCAUUGUAUAUACAAGCGCUGCUUCUUCGUGAAGAAGGAAAGAUUCAAGAAUCUCUAGAGCUGUUUCAAAGGACCGUUCAAAUCAACCCGAACAACGUCAAUAACUUGAAGCAAGUGGCCAGAUCAUUAUUUUUGUUGGCUCGUCAUAAAGCUGCUUUAGAAGUUUAUCUGGAAGCAUCCAAAUUGAAUGCCCAGGAUUGGGAAAUAUUCCACAAUCAAGGAGUGUGUUAUAUGUACAUCAAAGAUUACGACAAUGCUGUUACAUCUUUGAAAAGUGCCAUCCAGUUGAACCGUCACGACACAUCGUAUGUACAGCUCGCUAAAGUUCAUUUACUACAAAGAGAUGUUGCCGCCGCAAUUGAAGUUUACAAACAAGCUGUUGAAUAUUCACCAGAAAAUCCAGAUUUGAUGACAACACUUGGACUACUUUUUCUACAGGUUGGACAAACUCAGAAAGCAUUUGAACAUUUGGGAAACGCAUUGACAUACGACCCAACAUUCGCUAAGGCAAUCUUAGCUGCUGGUUCAAUCAUUCAACUGCACGGGGAUUAUGAUGUGGCUUUAACCAAGUACCGUGUGGCCGCCGCUGCCACGCCAGAGUCCGCGCAACUGUGGAACAACAUUGGAAUGUGUUUCUUCGGAAAGAAAAAACAUAUUGCAGCAAUCAGUUGUCUAAAAAGAGCUGCAUAUUUGGCACCGUUUGAGUGGAAAAUCUUUUAUAACCUUGGUCUGAUUCAUCUCUCCAUACAACAAUAUGCUUCUGCAUUCCACUUCAUAAGCGGAGCAAUAUCACUCCAGCCGAGAAAUGGAGAACUGUUUAUGUUGUUGGCUGUCGCCUUGACGAACUUGGACGACAAGGAAAACGCUAAAAAGGCGUACAAUCAGGCAGCAACAUUAGACCAAAGCAAUCCAGUAAUUAAUUUGAACUACAGUGUCUUGUUGUACAAAAUGAACGAACGGCGAAACGCUGCCAAACAGUUUGCGGUGUACGAGAAGAGAUUGGAGGCGGUGAAGAAACAUGGCAGAGCUGGAGAAAUUGAUUCACAGGUUUACGAAACGGCCUCAAAAAUUGGUCCUCUCUUACAAGUUGGGGAGAAAUUUGUCUACAGAGAGUCAUCGUCGGACACUUCGCUACCCGAGGCAGAUUCUGGUGGCCAAGCUUUGUCUGACAGCAGCAGUAAAAGUUCCUUCGUUUGAGAAAUCAGCCGAACACCCAUCGACUUGAAUCCUCAAGAAUCAUUUCUUCCGAAGUUAUCGAAACGUAAAACCAGGGUGUCAACUGACCCCAUUUCUUAGGACUAACUCUAAUAUAUAAACAACCACGUGUAGGGCAAAAAGCCAUGAUUUUCUUACCAAGAACCGUGUUUAAAACUUAGCGGAAGUCCACGACCGAAAAAAUCUGUGAUAUAGAAAUGUUUGACUUGUGUUAUUUACGUGUUAAUUUAUUG